AAACGUCACUCUUCUGCUCUUUCUAGUGUUCAACAUGGCGUCCGAGGUAGACUAGCUGGACACGGUAGCCAGCUACAACAUGAGCUAACGGGCUGUUGCCAGUUUUACCGUUUGGAAUUACUGUAUACUGUUGAUUAGCUAGCUAGUAUGCAGGAAAGUAACCCGUGUUAAUAAUUUACUCAACCGAUAGAUUAGGCGAAAUAAUGGAAACUCGAGGAAUAGAACAGAUGUUUGACUUCCAGCGGUUGCCAAACGAUGGACUGGUCCUGUUGCUGGUAUUGCUUUACUCUCCAGUUGGCCUGUGUUUGAUGUUACUACGAAUCUUCGUAGGUGCACAUGUGUUUUUGGUGAGCUGUGCACUCCCAGACAGUCUUGUUAGAAGAUUCAUUGUGAGAGUGAUGUCCUCAGUCCUUGGUAUGCACGUGAGACAGAACAGCCCACGUUUAAGAGACAAAAGCACAAAACUGUACAUUUGCAAUCACGUGACCCAGUUUGACCACAACAUUGUCAAUCUUCUGACCUCUUGCAAUACACCCAUGCUGGAGGACUCUGCGGGCUUCGUGUGUUGGGCCAGAGGCUUCAUGGAGCUGGGUGCCAUAUCGGGUCAGGAUGAGAUGGAGGAGUCCCUCAGGAGAUACUGCUCCUCUCCAGGAACUCUGCCCCUGCUCCUCUUCCCCGAGGAGGACACAACCAAUGGGCGCGCUGGCCUGCUCAAGUUCAGUUUCAUGGGCUUAGUAACGUCAAAUGCAGAGAUCUUGCCUACGAAUUGGCACAUCGAAGCAACAUCCCUGUCCCAGACAACUGGUCAAGAAAUGGAAGGCUCCUGGCCUUUCUCUUUGACUGACUCCAUUCAGCCUGUGGCCUUGCAAGUGAAGAGACCAUUUCUAGCUCUGAGCACCCCAGACUCCUUUUGGUUGACAGAACUGUUGUGGACCUUUUUCGUCCCGUGUACAGAGUACCAUGUAAGAUGGCUCCCCCCUGUGUCAAGACAAGAUGAAGAGUCCCUUCAAGAUUUUGCCAACAAAAUCCAAGAGCUCCUAGCCACUGAGCUCGGCGUGGUCUCGACACAGAUUACCAAAGCAGACAAAGCCGAGCAUGUGAAAAGGAAACGGCACAUUGCACCGCGCACCACAACCUCAAAUCUUGGUGCCAGACCACGUUCUCUGGGCUUCGUGGUCCGCAGCUCUGGGGUGGAGGAGCUAAGGAUCAGCAGGAUGGCCCAGCAGGUGAAGGAGGUUCUGCCUGACAUCCCCCUCAGCAUCAUCACCAGAGACCUUGUGCAAACCAACUGCGUGGACACCACUAUCACUAACCUGCUGGAGAGCACUGAGGAGUUCCCAUUGGUGGCCCCAGGCGGAGCCACGUCUGCACCAGGCCCAUCCUGGAGGUCCCUCUCCUUUUCUGCUGCACCCGCUCCCACCAUUAAGCCUGCUGCCAAAUCUUUUGGGAAAUCACCAGUAGACCGACGCAUGUCCCUACAAGAGAGGAAGGAGGCCUUGUAUGAGUUCGCAAGAAGACGCUACAUCGAGAAGCAUGGACUGGAGCAGGAUGACAACCACUGAACAAGAUCUGAUCGCUGGGAAACGUGUUAGGAAUGACAGGCGUUAAAAUCAAAUAAUUGUACAGGAGUGUAUGGAGAGGAGAACAGAGGAUAGUUUUUGUUGAGCCACACGUACUGGAGGAAAACCUUCUGAAGACUUCAAUGGAUUUUUUUAUUUGCUUGCAUGGCAAUCAUGCAUGUCUUUUUUGGUUUCUCCCUGCAAAAAUAUUAUUUUGAUAACAAUUUGUAUUAAGACCCAGUGACCAUGAUGGCAGAGGGGAUGAUGAAACAAAGGCCAUCUUUCUCUGCUUUCAGAGAAGGCACAUCAGCUCUUAGGUUAAUUAGGAUUCGACAGUAUGUGUUUCUGCAGUAUGAACUUUUUAAAGUGAAUAAAGUUCAUAAUUUAUAAAUGCAA